GCAUGCGUCAGACAUCCAUGUAUACGGAAGUUGUGCAGCAGCAGCAGCAGCAACGUGUUGACGGUGUAAACAGAAAUGAUCAGACACGUGUUCUUGACAGGACCGCCAGGUGUGGGGAAAACCACUCUGGUCCAGAAAGCCUGUGAAGCUCUGGUGUCAUCAGGCGUGGGAGUUGAGGGGUUUUACACAGAGGAGGUCAGGGAGGGAGGCCGCCGAGUCGGCUUUGAUGUCGUCACCGUGACAGGAGAGAGGGGCCACCUGUCCAGAAUCAGACACGGGGCUGCUGCGUCUCCUGGAAGAAGGGAGUACACAGUGGGGCAGUAUGUGGUCGACUUGCCUUCAUUUGAGAAUCUGGCUCUCCCCCUCUUCCGAAAUGUCGGGGCGGCAGAUGAGGGCACUAGGAAGGUGUUCAUCAUUGACGAAAUUGGCAAAAUGGAGCUUUUCAGCCAGUCGUUCAUCAGAGCAGUGAGACAGACUUUAGAAAGCUCGUCCUGCACCAUCCUGGGCACCAUCCCCAUCCCCAAGGGUAAACCGCUGGGUCUCGUGGAAGAGGUGCGGAGCCGGGGAGAUGUCAAGGUCUUUGCUACACGGUGUCUUCUCAUAAUAUAGGGGACGUAGCUGGAGGUAGCUCAAGAAGAUUCGUGGCUCAGGAGUUUAUUGAUCACACACCCGCUCCGUAGACAUGGAAUUCCACCGACUCGGCGUGAGCUCCAGCGUCUGGCAGUGGUGCGGAGGUUUUUAAUCGAGAGCCUCUGGAGGAGAGAGAUUUUUCUCGGCUUCAAAGAAUCUUUAGGUCAUUUGAAAGAGAAAACACUCGGAAGGCUGCUCUGGCUCGGUUUUUCGAGCAUAACCGCGCGUGUAACUGAUGUAACCUGUCAGGCCGGCUGCAGACAGAGCUGCCAGCUGUGAUCUGCGUCAGACGUGCUGCUGCGCCAGCAUCUGCUCUGUGGCCACUGCCGACGUGCCUCUGGAUCAGCUGGCACCGACAGGCGCUGCACUGGCCUCAAAGUCAACACCGGUCGUAACUUUGAACCAAAGUGGAAAAUGAUGCUGCAUCAUUAUUCUUGGGACAGGCCUAACAGGUGAUUAGAGCUGGUGGGUUCAUGGUUGGCACGUCAAGCAGUAGUGCUGAGGUGGCUGGCCCUCCUGAAGGUGAUCCUCAGCUUCCUGCAGCAGGGCAGCCGAUGGGUUAUGUAACAGUGACAGAGUCCCUGCCUGUUUUAUGACUAUAUGGUGUGCAUGUGGAUGCAUCUGAUGGGUUAUGAUGUAAUUAGUAAUGUUUAUCAAUAUUGGGACAAUAUAUCUUGGUUGAACUUUUUAACUUUUCAUGUGUUUGUGUUGCCUAAUUUGGAAUGUAACUCUUGGUUUUACUUUAGUUAUUCCAAUGUUUAGGGUAUCCUUGGUUGUCUAGAAAGUUGCAAUGAAAAAAGCAUUCUGAAAUAAUAAUGAUAAUUAGAUGAAUAAUAGUUAUUAUUAUUGGUGACUUAUAGCAGUGAAUCACACCCAGCAGUACCUAAGUGUACGAGUGAAGAUUGUGGAGAAACGCAUCUAAUUUGGAAUAAAUAGAAAAGACAAACA